AUGGCCAGCCUCCGCGCCAUGGCAACGCCAGCGCUCAAGCUUCCCAUUGGCGCCCGCGCUCCGGGAGUGGCAGACCCCGCCGACGUCGCCAGCGUCGCGUCGCCGCUGCGCCGCAGAGGCGCCGGGCCGCGGCAGCCGCCGGGCAAGGCCGCCCCGCAGGCGCCCCCCCCGGCGAGCAGCCCCACCGCGUCGCCGAGCAGCUACCGCGAGCAGCUGCGCGCCAGCGGCCUCGGCGCCCUGCAGGGGUCGCGGGCCGGCGGCAGGUCGGCCGCGAGCCAGCAGGCGUCGAGCCCCGCGGGCUCCCUGACCUUCUUCCCGCCGCCGCUCUCCUUCGCGGGCCCGCCGGCGGGCGCCCCCCGCGCCCUGCCGCAGUUCGAGCCCGCCACGCCGGACGCCUCCGCGCGGAGCCCGCCCGCGGCGCUGCUGCCGAGCGCCCUCGGUGCGCCGGCGCCGCCGUUCGUGCCGGUGGCGGAGGUCGGCACCGCGAUGCCGAUGCAGCCGAUGGCACCGAUGGUCGGCUUCCCGCCACAGGCCUGCGGCUGGCCCGACCUCAGCCCCAUCGCGGCGGCGAGCCCCGCGACGGCCACGCCCAUGGCCUUCUUCGACCAGAUGCAGAUGCCGCCGGCGGACUUCCAGUGCUUCGGCGGCGUGGCCGACCUGAUGGCCAUCGCCAUGCCUCAGGCCGCCGGCGCCGCCCUGGACCCGGAGCAGCUCGCCGCGCAGCUGCGCGCCGCGGCGCCCACGGUCUACGAGGACUGA